GACGAGAUCGAUGGAGCUGGCGGUCAUUUUGAAACUUACUGAGCAACCCGUCACUUCAUGUCGCCUUCCAACCACGAAACCAGUGCCGUCGUGGGCAUGUCCGAGUACAAGCUCCGUGAGCUCAACGGUGAGCUCGCACCGGAGCCGUUCCUUGCAGAAAAUCCGAACAGGUUCGUGCUCUUCCCGAUCCAACACGCCGACGUGUGGGAGAUGUACAAAAAGGCGGAAGCGAGCUUCUGGACAGCGGAAGAGCUAGACUUGGUGCACGAUCAACGCGACUGGGUCAAGCUUACCGACAACGAACGUUUCUUCAUCACGCAUGUGCUGGCGUUCUUUGCCGCGAGUGACGGGAUCGUGAACGAAAACCUCGCGAUGAACUUUAGCAAUGAAGUACAAGUGCCUGAAGCCCGGUGCUUCUACGGGUUCCAGAUUGCCAUUGAGAACAUUCACUCUGAAGUGUACUCGCUCCUCAUCGACACGUACAUCAAGGAUGCCACGGAAAAGGACCGGGUCCUGCGUGCCAUUGACACGAUCCCCUGUGUCCGACGCAAAGCCACCUGGGCUUUGAAGUGGUGCGACAAUAAGCGUGCUGCCUACGCUGAACGUAUCGUUGCCUUUGCCGCUGUCGAAGGCAUCUUCUUCUCGGGGUCGUUCUGCUCCAUCUUCUGGCUCAAGAAGCGAGGUCUAAUGCCGGGUUUGUCCUUCUCGAACGAACUCAUUUCUCGCGACGAAGGUCUGCACUGCGACUUUGCGUGCUUGAUGUACUCGAAGCUCGUCAACAAGUUGUCCGACCAGCGCAUCCACGAGAUCGUCGGCGACGCCGUCGCGAUUGAGAAGCAGUUUGUCAGUGAGAGCCUGCCCGUGGAGCUCAUUGGCAUGAACUCGUCCCUCAUGUGCGAGUACAUUGAGUUCUGCGCGGAUCGCCUCCUCGAAGCCCUCGGCGCCCCCAAGCUGUACGCGGCCAAGAACCCGUUCGACUGGAUGGACAUGAUCUCGCUCCAGGGCAAGACCAACUUUUUCGAGAAGCGCGUCGGCGAGUACAGCAAAUCUGGUGUUGGUGUUAGCUCGAGCGACCAAACGUUUACACUGGACGCCGACUUCUAGACGUGCUGUAAUUGCCUCCCUAAUCUAUCGUUCCAUUCGUCCC